AUGACAAGCGGCGAUACGUAGAAAAAAUCUUUUAUCAGAAAUUAUCUACUGGUAUCAGUUCGUCUAGAUCCGUAACCUCAUGUUCGUCGUGGUGUCAAGGCGUUUUGAGCCAGUUUUAGGAGGAAGAAGAAGAUAAAAACUGCUAUUUUCGUAACAAGGGAACUGCACCACGUCCGCGAUAUGAAGUUUACAAACAUUAACAAUAACAUCGCGUAUUACUACAGACGAAAAUUGAUAACGUUUCAGAGCAAUGUUAUCGUUUCUUAGCGCCGCCAAUCUGAGAAAAAUAACGAGAAUCUACAACAAAAUGCGGGUUUUUCUUUCUUCUCGUUUGAAAACUGUAUUUGUUAUACCGUCAAGGACUUAUAGUUGAUGAGGUUUGGUAUCGAAAAAGUGUAGUGGUAUGCCUAGGACAAAGAGUUUGUCCGGUAGCUGUUCCAGUGAUAGUAGCAACGAGAAGUUCCCCUUGAUUUUCUUUCAACCGAAAAGCUACGGAACUCUAGUGGCCAGUUAUGAGUUUUUGAAGUACGCCAAGAGCAGAGGAAAUCAGACGCUGCAUCGGUCUGAAUCGAUGUUAUCGUUAUGUUUCCGCUCCCUAGAGACGUACAUUAACGACGACAAUCUCGCAGGACUCCGAUCCUUCCUGGAGAACAAACAGGUGCAGAUAGAAGACAAGGACGAUAACGGCACAACAGCUCUAAUAUACGCCGCGCAGAAAGGACGCGUCAACUUCGUCCAGGAAUUGCUCAAAUAUGGCGCCGAUCCCAACGCGGAGGACAAUGACAACUGGACAGCGCUACUGUGCGCUUGCAAGGAAGGAUACGUGGAUAUUGUCAUCGUACUCCUUGACAAUAAUGCAGAUAUCGAACACAGAGACAUGGGUGGUUGGACACCACUCAUGUGGGCUACAUAUAAAGGAAGAACCGAAAUAGUCCAGAUACUCCUAGACAAAGGGGCAGAGGUGAACGCCCAUGGCAACUAUCACAUAUCCUCAUUGCUUUGGGCUGCUGGCAGAGGUUACACGCAAAUUUGCAGGAUGCUCAUUGAUAAGGGCGCCAAAGUAAACGUUGGAGACAAAUAUGGCACCACAGCCUUGAUAUGGGCCAGUAGAAAAGGCCACCAGGAUAUUGUAGAUAUGUUACUGAAAGCCGGAGCCAAUGUGGAUACUGCAGGGAUGUAUUCGUGGACCCCUCUGAUAGUGGCCACCCAAGGAAACUUCAUAGAGGUCGUCAAUACUCUUUUGGAAUUCAAACCGAAUGUGAAUGCUUUAGAUAAGGAUGGAUGCAGUGCCCUUACCUUAGCUUGUAAGGAGGGAUAUUACGAGAUAGCCACUGCUCUUUUGGCCGCUGGUGCUUACAUUAAUAUUCAGGACAGAUCAGGAGACACCAACUUGAUACACGCAGUGAAGGGAGGCCAUAGGGGUGUAGUCGAGGCAUUAUUGAAGAAGUACGCGGACGUAGAUAUAGCGGGAAAAGACAAGAAAAGCGCCAUAUACAUCGCCGUUGAAAAAGGGAACAUAAACAUCGUCAAGCUCUUGCUAAACUCCAACCCAGACCUUGAGAUAGCUACAAAAGAUGGAGACACGCCUUUACUCAAGGCUGUUAGAUCUAGAAACGCCGAAGUGGUCCAGCUGUUGCUGGACAAGAAGGCCAAGGUUUCGGCCUCAGAUAAGAGGGGAGAUACGGCCCUGCACAUAGCGAUGAGGUCGAGGUCGAAAACGAUAGUGGAGAUACUCCUGAGGAAUCCCAAACACAGCCAGUUGCUAUAUCGGCCCAACAAAGCUGGGGAGACUCCUUACAAUAUUGAUGGGAGUCACCAGAAAACCAUAUUGGGUCAAAUAUUUGGCGCAAGGAGGCUGAAUACAAAUGAGGAUAACGAAAACAUGCUGGGCUAUGAUUUAUACACAAGCUCUUUGGCUGACAUGCUCAGCGAACCAUCGUUAUCUAUGCCAAUCACAGUAGGACUAUACGCGAAAUGGGGCAGUGGAAAGUCUUUCUUACUGAAUAAACUGAGAGCCGAAAUGAAAAGUUUCGCUAAGGAAUGGUCUGAUCCAGUCUUCCAGUUCACAUCUUCAUUGUUUCUUGUUCUUCUUCAUUUCGCGCUCAUCAUUGGGACAAUCAUAGGACUAGGAACAAGGAGUUGGGUAACGGGUUUGACCUUUUGCAUAGUUUUCCUUGUUUUGGCGUAUGUUGCCCUACUCUUCGUAUGGUAUGCCAAUAAAAGCUACGAUGUUAAUUGGAUAAGCAAUUUUAACGGUAAACUGACUAGAAAGAUCAACAAUAUACGGUUGGUGUUUCAAAUUCUUUUUUGCCAUCCACCGAAUACAGCUCCACAGUAUUUAACCAGUGCAAACCCAAUAAGAUUCUAUUUCACAGAUCUCACUAGAAUUAGUAGUACAACAGGAGGUGAAAAUUCUGUUGUACAGAUGAUAGGAAGUCUUUACGAUGCCAUUGAAAAUGAAUACGGCCCUCUUGCCACAAGGUUAUACAGAGCUUUCAAGCCCAAACCUGGCAAAACGUCUUCAUGGAAGUGGAGAAAAAUGUGUUGCUUGCCAUACAUAGUUCUAUUCGAGAUUACUUUCCUUUGUGUCCUAGUAGGAAUAAGUGCCUUGACUGUUUAUUUCAUCCAUCUAAGAACGAUCUUCACUGAGAAUGAUCUAACUGUUAAGCUCAUACUCGAGAUAGUUUUGGUAACUGCAGGUUCAAUAUUGGUGUUGGCCGCUGUAGCCAAUCUGUACACUUUCGGUAGGAUGUUGUCAAGUCUUAUGUUCUCUCAAAGACGACAUCUACAAAGAACUAUAUCGAAGAUAGAGACCCUCAAGUCUGAAGGUUUUCUCCAAGCUGUCCGACAAGAGGUCAGCUUGAUGAAGGAGAUGAUCAAAUGUAUUGACGGUCUCAGUCAGCAGCAGUCCAGACUUGUUGUGAUAAUGGAUGGUUUAGAUAGUUGCGAACAGGAGAAAGUAUUGCUUAUACUGGAUACUGUCCACAUGCUUUUUUCUGAUGCAAACAGUCCCUUCAUUGUGAUAUUAGCUAUAGAUCCUCACAUUAUAGCCAAGGCUGUUGAAAUGAAUACGAGAAGACUGUUCAGUGAAAGCAAUAUAGGAGGCCACAGCUACUUAAACAAUAUGGUGCACCUGCCAUUCUUCCUCCAAAAUUCUGGAUUGAGAAAAGUGAAAGUGGCUCAACAAGUUGCAUUGAGCCAUAAGAAGCCCACCACCUCCUUAUUCGGGGAAAAUGAUGAAAACCUCAACAGUUUCCUAGCAAGAUCGGCUUCUAGUAGAAGGCUUUCAAACGAAAGUGCGCUAAUGUCGAGUCAGGAGAAGUUGAAGCACAGCAGAAAAGGAAGUAGAAAAUUGAAAGUAUCAGAAUCGAUCGCCAGUUCUAUAUGCUCAAAUUUAAACAAAAUUGGUGGACCACACGAUCUCACCAAGAUGCUGCUCACAGAUGAUUAUUUUAGUGAUGUUAAUCCUCGAUCAAUGAGAAGGUUGUUCAAUGUUGUUUACGUCACUGGAAGAUUACUGAAAGCUUUCAAGAUCGAUUUCAACUGGUAUAGACUGGCUUCAUGGAUUAAUAUAACGGAGCAAUGGCCCUUCAGAACUUCUUGGAUGCUGUACCAUUUAGAGAUGCAUGAGGAUUCAUUAGAUGAUAAUACACCUUUGAAAAAUAUAUAUGAAAAAAUCAAACCUGGUGUGCACUUGUAUAGAGAUAAUGAGCCUCUUAUGGAAUUAGAUAGAGAUGAAAAAAAAUUGGAGAUCUUCUUGUCUUACCACAAAACCAGCCUAUUGGUCAGUGAUCUCAAAAUAUUCGUUCCAUUCACUAUUAACCUGGAUCCAUACCUCAAAAAGGUUAUAAAGGAGGAACUACAGAAUAGCGAUGAAGAGUACCUGAUGAUGACCACUUCCAAAGUGGGUAUGAUGCAGAAUAAUCCCGUACAAGCGAUACACCCAUGGAACAUACCUGCUGCUGACUGGACACCACCCAAAAAUGUUAUAAAUAGGAGGUCUAGAAACAAUCCCCGAUAUCCAUCUCCUACCGCAUCUUAUUACCAGCAGGCUAGCAACAUGAUUGGUUGGAACCAGCAGUAUAUCCCUCCUCCUCCUCAACCACCUCCAUUCAUACCCCCACCACCGAUCAUACCAGCUGAAAUACUGGAAGGGAAGUUAACUUCCUUGAAUGUAGAUGGUAUCUGUAGACUCUUAGAGAAACUGGAAGACCUCAACAAAGAAGCUGUUGCCCAUUAUGUUAAGAUCAUCAGAGGCAACAACAUCAAUGGAAGAGUAUUGAUGACUUGUAACCUUGAUGAACUGAAACAGCUUUUGAAAAUGAGCUUUGGAGAUUGGGAGAUGUUCAAGGCUACAGUUAUGUCCCUCAGAGAGCAGGAAUUCCAUUUACUGAUGAGGCAGGAGGAACUGAAAUUGGGGAGACCAAACCGUGAACGUAAAGGCAGUAUCACCAAAACGAAUAAUACAGGAGACAAGGAACCAAAAAAUUCCAUGGAAGGUCCCCCUCAAAGAAAGCAAAGUGUGAUGGAAAAACAAGUUACUCUGGAAGAUCAGAUGAUCUGUGGCGCCCUCCAAACGCUGAAUGAGGAGGCCUGCGAAGAUGUAUUAGAAGAAACGGAAGAUCAGCGUUUGGUGAACGAUCAAGACUUACCGCUGACAUCUGUGAUACCACCAUCUCCUGAUACAAAUCAAGAUUUUGAAACAGGGUGUAGAUCGAGAACCAACAGCACAAGCGGUAUUGGAUAUACUGAUUUUGUUAUGUUGCAACCAUCUCCCAUUGGUCAUUGGCAACCUGUGAGCAUCUGCAUUCAAGGCAAUUCAGAGAGCUUAAGCGAAAGUUCUAGGUGUAGUUCCCAAGUACCAUCCCCAGUGUUCGAACGAAGAAACUCAAACAAUAUCAAGCUUGGAAACCUCAAAUCCAAUCAGAACCAACUAGACGAUUCAUCAAAAAGACCAAAGCACGUGGUGAUCAACAUAGACCCUCAAGAUUCCACAAAGGUGAACAUUUCCACAGCACACAACACUGCAUCCUACAACAUCAAGGAGGUUAAACCACUGCUUCAAGACAAGAAAACUGCUGCAGCUCAAACGAAGGGCAGACCAAGGCCAAAUUCGCUGAGUAUCUCUGCAAACGAGCCAAAGGGCAACAAAGCUCGUAAUAGGUCGAAAUCUAUCGACCAUACGGCCAAACAGAAGCACCAAGAGAACCUACCUACUUUUGAUGCCUUGAACAAAAUCAAGGAGAAGCUCCUGCAUUCGAGCCCUGAGCUGCAUGAUGGUAUUGGUGGAAACAGCGACAAUGAAAGUACGCCACUGGUGUCAGAGCUAUCGGCGAGUCCAAAGUCAGGGCAUAGUUCUGACGUCAGAUCUUCUGACUCCAACGGUUUUCAUUCACCUAUAUCCCUUCACAGUUUAUCGCCAGACUAUAUGAAGAAGGUUGAAGAAAACCCUAACAAUUUGAAUUCUGAGUCAACCCCCACUCCUAAUUCAUCCAAUACCAAUUUAUUCUCCCCAAUUUCGUCUUCAGAAGGAGGUAAUGUGUCCACCAAGAAGAAGGCUAGGUCCAGAAGGCACUCAGAUUCUUGUUCCUUGUCACUUUCUAUGAAGAGCACCGGAAGCAACUACAGUAGUCAGAGUUCUACUAGCUCCAAACAACUGUCUAGACAGAGCGCUCUGGAGUUUGAGGAGAAUUUUGAAGACAUCCAUUGUUAUCCAGAUAAGAUUUGUUGAGUUCAGUUUUUCCCCUUAAUAGAAAUCAGUAUUUCCUUUUUUAGUGGUAAGAUAUUUAUUUAUAUUUUUUACUCUGUUUUAUCUUGUGUAAGAUAAUAAAUGAUGUUAGCUGUU